AUGAGGUCGCUACUCGAAUCACCCAUCCUCUCCCCCCUCCGUUCGCUGAGCCAGACUCCAGUGCCCAAAGGCCCGGAAAUCGAGGAGGGUUUCGACAUCUCUCCUUCCCUCACAGCAAAUGAUAUGGACCGGUACGCCGCAUUCCUAUCCGCGAUCCGCUCCGAGUACGCAAACGACCCGAACGUCCGUGACGAUCCGUCGUUCCAGGGCAUCGGGGGAAUCGUGUUCGACGUCGCUGAGGAGGACGAGGUCGAGACCAAUGAGAAAAAGGGCGACCAAGUCGAGGUGGUAGUCGCCGAGGACACCGAGGUUGCGGUGGUGUAG